AUGAUAUCAAAUGAUAAAGAAAUUGAUAACUUUAUUGUUAGUUCUCCAUCUUUUGAAAGAAAGUUAUUAAAUCCACCAGAAAUUAAUUUUUUGACAGUUGAUCCAAAAAGUGAAAAUGUAGAAACAGCAAGUGUUAUGAGAAAAAGAGAUAGAUUAAAAGCACGUAUUAAAAAAUUAAGACAAAACCAAUGUGUUGGUAUUUGUGUAUUUCUUGCUUUAGGAAUACUAUUUAAUGGUUUAGCAUAUCUUGCAAGUGUAUACUCAGCACAUCUCAAUACAGAAAUUAUUGAAGCAGUAGUGGCUAGUCAACAAAAUUCAAAACUUGGUAAUUUACAAUUGAAAUUAAAAAAAGCAUUACAAGGAACACCAUCUAAAUUUUUAAUUGGUCUUAUUAAUUGGAUUGGAAGAAUGUUAAGUGCUGUAGGAACAAUGUUAUUAGUUCAGAGUAUUGUAACAUUUUUAAAAAGAAGAAGAUCCGAUUCAUGGGUAACAAAAGCAGCUUCAAAUACUGAUAUUAAUGAUCCUGUUAAUGAAAUAAAUGGUGGUAUUAGUGAGAUGCUUGGUGAAUGUUGUUUGCAAUGUUUUUCUGUUGGUGCAUAG